CUGUGGUGAUGUCAGAAGAAACAUACGAGCUCUAAAUUCAUAUUGUGUAACAAAAGAACAGACAUUUCCAACUGUGAUCAGUCCUGCGAGCACUUCAACCAUGCUCCGUGCAAAGUUGUUCGUACUGUUUAUGAUCCUCCACAGCCUGGUGCUAUCUUCUUCUGCAAAGCCACCCGACAAAGGAGCUAAAAAAAUAUCAUUCGAAAAGGAAAACAAACAUGAUACUGAACCAAACACGAAUAAUGGAAAGAAAGGGAGUUUUGCAACCAUCAAGGAUAUAAAACAUAAACUCGCAAUCGCCAAAGAAGAACUGAAAGACCACAGCCAAGAAGAUACUAAAAGCACGCUGAAGGAUUUAGAAAAAGACUCUAAAACUGAAAUACCUGAGAAGAAUUCGAGCUUUAGGCAUCAUAAUUAUGAAGAAAUGACAUGGCUUUUGAAGGAGUAUUCCAGAAAAUAUAGCAAAAUAGCUCGUUUGUAUGACAUUGGUACUUCGGUGCAGAACCGCAAAUUGUGGGUCAUGGAAAUCUCCAAUAACCCAGGGAAGCACGAGCCAGGGGAGCCAGAAUUUAAAUACGUCGCUAACAUGCACGGGGAUGAAGCAGUAGGAAGAGAGAUGCUUCUUCAUUUAAUUAGGUAUCUUUGCAAAAACUACGAAGUCAACGAGAGAGUCACUAACAUUGUGGACACGACUAGAAUCCACAUUAUGCCGAGUAUGAAUCCUGACGGAUACGAGAUGGCUGCCACAUUCGCUGAUGGGGAAGACAGCUGGAAAUCAAGCCGACCUAAUGCUAACGGUAUCGACUUGAAUCGUAAUUUUCCAGAUCAGUUUUUUCCAAGCACCAACGGGCCACCCCAACCGGAAACCCGCGCUGUCAUGAAGUGGAUCAAUUCUAUUCCUUUUGUGCUGUCAGCCAGUUUGCAUAGUGGGGCUCUCGUGGCCAAUUACCCGUAUGAUGAUAAUCCCUCGGGACAGAGCGUGUACAGCGCCACGCCUGAUGAUGACGUAUUCAGACAGAUUGCGCGUGCGUACUCAGAGGCACAUCCCACAAUGCAUUUAGCAAACGCACCUUGGAAAUGCAAAGAGAUUCCGCGAGAGCAUUUUAUAGACGGAAUAACAAAUGGUGCCAAGUGGUUUAGCGUAUCGGGAGGAAUGCAAGAUUACAAUUAUGUGCACUCUAACUGCUUUGAUAUUACGCUUGAACUCGGUUGUCAGAAGUUUCCUAAUGCAAGCGAACUGCCAGAAUACUGGCAGGAGAACAAAGAAGCGCUCCUUAGUUAUAUAGAGCAGGUCCAUACUGGUGUCCACGGUUUUGUUAAAGAUCAAGAUGGUAACCCAGUGGACGAAGCCAGAGUAGCUGUUUCAAAUCGCCGCCAUGAUGUGUUCUCCGCGAGUGACGGCGACUUUUGGCGAUUACUAGUACCAGGCUCCUAUGACAUCACGGUUUCGGCCAAAGGAUUUGAACAGGAAACCAAAUCAUGUACAGUACUGCCUAAUAAACCCGCCAACCUCAACUUCACUCUGACCAGGAUGAGAAUGAGAGAACCCAGGCAUCAGGUACAACAGGGCUCUUGGCCUCGAGACCGAAUUUCACACGGUGGAGAAUUCAGGGAUACACAGGAAAAUGGUCUGAGCCAGAGCAGGGGCAUGCGCAGAGGGCUUGAUGACGAACGUGCCGAUGACUUUGAUGAUAAGCGUAGAGGGAUGUCGUAUGAUGGAUUUGGACAAAGUGCACGAAUCUUUCCUCACCCUAAAUAAGGAUCCUUAAAAAGACGCAUAACUUUCUGUUAAAAAAAGAAUUUCUUCCACAAUGUUUCUACCCAAAUCGGUUCUAAUGUAUACACCCAUAUAAAACACUCAAUUUUCCGGGAGCUUCUAGUCUUAUCAUACCGUUCGUCUGUAUCGUAUUUCGAACCCAAUUGAAACACAAUUUUCUAAGGAAUGUGACAUCCCUUAUCAUCAUUCUUGCCUCUGAGAUAAUUUAGCUUAUUUUAAGGAUUUUAUUGCUAUUUAGUUACGAUCCAUAAUUGUGAAAGAAUAUUUCGGCCGUCGUUUAUCCUCCAACGAAUUUGUUAAUGAUGUUUUUCUUAGUUCAACGUCGAAUUGUGUUUUACGCCGCGCGAAAACUGGUUUCGACCUAACAAGUCAGAGUUUUUAUAUCUGCUUUUCCCCAGUUUCCGCACCUACGCUUUUUUUCCAUCUCACUGACUAUCAGCUACAUUCUCCGGGUUAGCUUUUGCCUACCGUUAUAGCUUUCCGUUGAAAGUUCCCAACUACUGGCGUCCUUUACAAUGGCUUGUUAUACUUUGUUACCCAUAACUCUCAGCGUUUACUCGCCAUUUGAGAUCUGGGUACGAAAAAAAGGAUUUUAAUUAAAGUAAAAUGCUUGCAUAUGAAGCAGAUGACGGGCAUAGAUUUUUGUUCAAGAAAAAAUAUGUUAGCCGUAAGACAAUGAAAUAAUUUUUAAAACUAAUCAAAGUGUAUUUUAAAAUUGUAGUUUCCCAGCUUAAAAAAUGUUCCCUUCAUUUUAAGAGAGCUCAUUAGAUCAUAAAACAUUAAU